AAACAAUUCUCUUCAAACCUUUCUGGGGCUGCCACAUAUCAUACCUUGGUCAGGAACAUCAGUGGGUCUCAUGAUACGACGAAUCUGUUCCAUAGACUGUAGAUCUGGAGACAGACCUGAGCAAACAGGCGGCCGCCGGGUCAGGUGCCAAAAACGAGUAAACACACAUUCCAAUCCUCUAUCCCUCACCUCCAUGGCAACAGAAGAUCUUCUCGUCCAGAAUGGCUGCAACAGGGAGGCAGUUGAAACAGUCUGUGAACACUUUCCAAAGUCUGAUGUUGUAGCGUCGUUUGCCUGCACAGACAAACCACACAAUGCAUGCUAGAAUAGGUGUGUCACUCCACUAAACUUACACUCAUCAUAGAACCCAUAUAUUCUGUUGAUAGAGGCACAUUCGUGGUUCCCUCGAAGGAGAAAGAAGUUCUCUGGGUACUUGAUCUUGUAGGCUAGCAACAGACAAAUUGUCUCAAGGGACUGUUUGCCUCUGUCCACGUAGUCUCCAAGGAAGAGGUAGUUGGAUUCCGGAGGGAAGCCUCCAUACUCGAACAGACGUAGGAGGUCAUAGUACUGACCGUGGAUAUCUCCUGCAUACACCAGUCAGUCUUGGUGAAAUGGACUGUCAGAAACAGCCACGAUCACUCACCGCAUAUCUUGAGAGGUGCCUCUAGCUCUAGGAGAAUGGGCUGACUGAGGAAUAUCUCUCUAGACUUGAGGCAGAGACCGCGUAUCUCAGCCUCCGUCAACUGGACGUUCUUGCCAGGCCUUGAGCCACGGACUGCGGGGCGUACAAGUCACGUUCAGUCUGAAGAAUACGGCCGCCUACCUUCCAGUAACCUCUGUAUGAUACUGUCUACAUUCGGCUGCUUGUCGCCUUCCGCCAUCAAAAACAACGCCACACACUGGUUGGGACACAGAAGAAAGCUAGUCAAACCUGCCCACAGACGAAGGACGUUCCACGUACCCGCAGAUCCCGACUUAAAUGGCCCUCACAACAAAAUAUCAGGGGUGGCUGCUUGUUCUGGUUCAAGAGAGUGACUGAGAUGUCUAAUUGUCUCUCUCUCCUCUGACGUUUGAAUGUCACAUGAUAUUCACGUGCUCCAUUACUGUGCAUGACGUCACUCGUGGGCCACGUGGUGUAGAUAUUAGUUAUGGCCUGCAUUUCUGCUGCAGUAAGAAGGUUGCCGGUCUCCGUUUGUUCGUGGACGAGUGUAAGUCUACGUGCUCUUGGUCAGCACAGAGCUGCUACCGCGGCGGUUGCUAGAAGUCACGUGGGGACCGGAAGGAGAUGGUGCAGUGCUACCACCCCAACUAGAGGGAGAGUGGGGCUGCUGUCUUGUGUAGAAGAGGAGGUUUCUCUGGAACAGCAGCUAGUCCAAGAUUUGCCGGAGGUCACUGGGUUCACCGCAACCGCUACUGGUUGCCUAGCAACCCUGGAGAGGGAACAUGACGGUGAGAGAGUGAAGGUGGAGGUGGAUGCCCAUAAUGCAGUAGAGGUGCUAGCAGAUGAGCUGGUGCAGGACGAGGAGGUGGAAGAAGAGCCUUUCUUUGUUCCUGCCUUCACCAUAACCAUCACCAACCAUGUGGGCUCCAGACUGCAAGUAGAGUGUUCCUUUGACGAGCAUGGCCAGUACAGUGAGAGAGGGAAGGAAUGGGAGAAUAUGACAAUCAACUCAGUGUCUGUGAUGGCUCCAGACUGUGACAGUCCUGACUCGGUGUACACCAUUACUGCAGAGAACCUCAGUGCCGACAUAUACGACAGUCUAAUGGAGUAUUUGCAGACCAGAGGAAUUGACCAGAAGUUUGCUCAUGACAUCUUCCAGUAUUACAGAGUCUUUGAACAUAGGUGCUACCUGCAGUAUGGCUUGAAAGCUCUUCAAAACUUUUUAAAUAGUACAUGAACACACAUCAUUAUGAAUAGUUCAUCUUUUCUGGUCACCCAUGUACUUGACGUGAUCUUCAGUCACCUGUGGAAA